AUGACUUCUCUCUCUGAAACUGCUCCACCGCCGCCCAGAGCUUCCACCAAUUCGUCUUCUCACCGCCCGCGCCACCGGCCGGGCCAGGUCGCCGCUCCUCCUUCCAAGGAGGUCAAAGACUCUCCACCCUCACCCUCAGAAAAGUCUCCACCUCCACCGGAACAAAUAAAUUCACGAAACUCGCCGUCCUCGUCAAAUGACUCCUCCUCGUCAUCGACUCCUCCUCUGCCACCACCGCCAUCAACCAAGUCAAAUGAUUCCCGGACGAAAACGCCUAGUAACUCCGGGGAACUGCCACCGCCGGGACGUGCUUCUUCAAGAUCAUCGCCUUCAGAUGAUGCCGGCGGCGGUUCACAGCAGUCACCGUCGAAAAAGGAUGACUCUGGUGGUGGUAAUGAAGCCGUUGUUAUAGGAGUCGGUAUUGGGGUCGUGUUGUUUGUCGUCAUUAUAUUGGUCUCUGCAGUUGUUUGCUGCUGCAAGAAAAAGAAGAGAAAGAACGGUCUUAUCUUGGGCUGGAGCCACAACACCCCAGGAGUUCUAUUGUUGCAGGUAGACCCCCUAACAAGCUUUUGACUCUUUU